AUGCCAUUUACAAUGGUCACAAAUUUUAUUCAUGAAUCUGGACACAAUGAACCAAAACGAAUUGUUUUUAUGCCUGGUCUUAUUGAAUUUUCAGAGAAAAGAAUAGGAUUUAAUGCUCAUAUCGAUAUAGCACCAUCAAAUCAAACUUAUUCGGGAUUAAUUCAAGCUGUAGCUAACGGUGAGCAAGGUAAUGAAACAUUAGAAAAUCGAUCUAUAUUAUCUCAGUUGACAUUGAGUGUUUGGUAUUCUUUUGGUAACAUGGUUGGAUACGAUGUUGAUUUUGAUGUUAAUACAGCUGCUGGACGCUUAUUAACUGCUAAUUUAGCAUUUGAUCUAAUAAUAGCAAAAUCAAAAUAUAUUAUUUCGGCUAUCGAUGAUGUCAAAAGUGGAAAAAUUCCAUUUAAUCGUAGUGAUAUUCCUAUUAAUACAUCCGUUGAAGAUUAUUAUUUAAUAUCAAUAUCUAGAGGAAUUCGAAGGUUCUAUUUAUGA